GGCAGCCAAGCAUUUAUUACCCGGGCCUCCACCCAGCUUGGCAGACUUUAGACUUGAGGCGGGAGGAAAGGGAGCUGAGAACUCGGUUCUGGGAGCAGCCAGCCCACGGGUGGCAGCCGGGGCCCCAGGAUGGCCAAGUUUCUUACCCAAGACCAAAUCAAUGAGUACAAGGAAUGCUUCUCCCUGUAUGACAAGCGGCAGAGGGGCAAGAUAAAAGCCUCCGACCUCAUGGUGGCCAUGAGGUGCCUGGGGGCCAGCCCGACACCAGGGGAGGUGCGGCGCCACCUGCACACCCACGGGAUAGAUGGAAAUGGAGAGCUGGAUUUCUCCACUUUCCUGACCAUUAUGCACAUGCAAAUAAAACAAGAGGACCCAAAGAAAGAAAUUCUUCUAGCCAUGUUGAUGGCGGACAAGGAGAAGAAAGGUUACAUCAUGGCGUCCGACCUGCGGUCAAAACUCACGAGACUGGGGGAGAAGCUCACCCACAAGGAAGUGGAUGAUCUUUUCAGGGAAGCAGAUAUCGAACCUAAUGGCAAAGUGAAGUAUGAUGAAUUCAUCCACAAGAUCACCCUUCCUACACAGGACUACUGAAGGAGAACGCUAGUGCCUCCCCUGGACCUGAAAACUUGGAGGGAUUAAUUUUUAAAAAGAAAAGUGUUGGGCCACACACGGUGGCUCACUC